AUGGCUCCGACAUCGCCAACAGACUCUGGGCAGAACCAGAACGCUUUGACUAGAAAGACUCAACCUCAUCGACCUGACACUGAAGCCCCAUUCAAAAGCCUAGAGGAAUUGGCCUCUCUUCAUCACAAACUCGAUCGUCGCCACCUCCUCCAGCCUCCAGAAGACAUGAGUCAAACCAGGAAGUUCUCCUAUGCUUCCGUCAAGGAAGAGCUAGGUGAUGGCCUACCUCAGUCGUUCGAGUCCUCCCUAUCGAGCAAAGACCUAGAAGAGGUCGAAUGGAUUGCAUGGCCCUGCAGCCAGUGGUGCAAGUCCAAGGGGCUGUGUUCGUUUCAUUGGGGUGGCUCGCAUGAAGACCAUGUUCGGAAUCGACUCGAAGGCUACGCUCGUAGCAACCCCCGAGCACUCGAAAAGAUCCUCGACGAACUAGACAAGAGAAGGGCUGCACAGAAACUCUUCAACCUUCCUUUCGCCGAAGAAAUCACUCGAGUCCAUCCUCGGCCCGCCGAUUUCAGCCUCGAAAUCUGGAGGGAGAAGGUCAGAGACUCACUAGGCCCAAGAGAGGCGUUGAAUGAAACAGCCAUCGAUGAUUUCGAUGAUGCUGUUUCGGAAUGUCCAGAAUGCCCUCAAAGUCCUGGGCCAUCGUACUUGGAGUCCAUGCCGGAGGAGAUUCUCGAGUUGAUCUUCUCCCACGUCACCGUCGACCAUACCGCGGACCCUUAUGCACGGCCUCAUGUCGACUUGGUUUCCUGCUCGUUGGCCUCCAAGACCCUCUACCCUGCUGCCCUGCGAGUCAUGUAUCGACACGUCUCUAUCCCCCAAUCACGGGCGUUCUCCAAGUUUAUGCGCAGCCUCAGGGAGAACGACAAUGUGGGAGAAAUGGUGCAGUGGCUAGAUUUCUCCCAUUACUCCAACAUGGGAUUCGGCAAGGAUCGCACCACGACAAAUCAGACCCCGUUUCUAAAACCAGAAACUCUCAAUGCAUGCCUGGAUAUGUUGCCAAACCUCCAAGCUUUCCUGGUCCACGAACAUGUGGACGACGAGCUCGACAUCAAUGUCAUCUCCAAGGUUUUUGGCCUGCCAUUGAUACAAGCGCUGGAUUUCUGUGCCUGCUCCUCUCGGUCUUUUGCUGAAGCAUUCACUGCUGUCACCAGCCGGCUGUCUGGGACUGGACCUUUGCACAGCCUUAAACGACUCUCACUCCACGAAUGCACUACUCUUCAGGAACCUGUCUUUGAGGCUCUCCUCCCACGCUUGGUGAACCUCACUCACCUCGACGUGGCCCACACACUCAUCAACGAUACUGCGUUACUCUCAAUCCCACCCACCGCGAAGAUUACACACCUUAAUCUCGAACGUUGCACGCACCUAACAGGUCCUGCGGUGGUGAAUUUCCUGACCACCCACCCUGCGGUCAAGGAGAGUAUUGUCUAUCUCAAUCUCGCAUCUGACUCAUCCCGCCACCGACUCUUGACCGAAGAGGAUGUGAGGCAGGUGUUGAACUCACUCCCACCAACACUGCGAUCACUCAAUCUCGGUGGGGCAAGAGUGAACGCAACCCACAUCCCCUCACUGAAGAGACUUGCCACGCAUGUGGAGGAACUUGGCCUGCGCGGUGCCAGCCUCAGCCUCGGCUCAGACAUCAAACGACUCUUCAAGUCCGAGGAUGACACCGAAUCGGCUUCCUCGUCUGGCAACUCCGAGUCGGCUUCCUCGUCCUCUGGCAACUCCGAAUUAAGCAACGGUAGCACCGCCACCGCCAUUCGCUACCUCGACCUCAGCGAUAUAUCAUCCGUCACACAGAUGUCUCUCAGCUACUCACCCAGCUCGCUGGUUGGCACGGACACGCUGCCACUUGAGGUCGUGGAACUAGGCCCCGAUGUGCUGCAGGAGAUCAAGCGUCGCAAUGCACACAUCAAACGCCCCGACUGGGUGGUCAAGGAGCUCGGCCGUAGAGGCUGGUUUGUUCGACAGCCUAUCGAGGGUGGCGUCGAAGCCAUCGACGACGGUUGGCGUCCCUGGAAGAUGGGCGCCAGAUGGUGGGGCAUGCGCAAAGUCCCUAUGGUCGACCAGGACGUCGGCGGCAUGUAUGGGUACUUUAUGUUCAAGCGAUCAUAG